UUGUGUGAUUAUGCAAGUGUGUGUGUGUGUGUGUGUGUGUGUGUGUGUGCUGAGGUGAUUACUUCACUGUCAAAAGUACAGUGACAUUUACCAACAACACCUCAGCAGCGAGAGUCCAAUGGUCGGCGGCGGUGAACGUCUCUCGGACUGAAGGAAGCAGGCGCUGCAGGCUCAGUGCUCCUCUGCACCGACUUAACCGCGAACAGUGUAUUUACUAAAGUUAGUGUAUCGCAGUCAUGCCUGUACCGCCGGUCUUCGUGAGUCCGUUUCACAGACCUCAUUGUUUGGCUGCUGCUGCUGCUGCUGCUCCAGCGGGGGGCAAAGCCAAACUCACUCACCCCGGCAAAGCGAUUCUGGCAGGUGGGAUUGCAGGGGGCAUAGAGAUCUGCAUCACCUUCCCCACAGAGUACGUGAAAACACAGCUGCAGCUCGACGAGAAGGCAAAUCCUCCCAAGUACAGAGGCAUCAGUGACUGUGUGAAGCAGACGGUGAACGGUCAUGGGGUGAGGGGCCUGUACCGAGGUCUGAGCUCGCUGGUGUAUGGCUCCAUACCUAAAGCAGCUGUGAGAUUUGGAAUGUUUGAGUUCCUCAGUAAUAAGAUGCGCGAUGAGAACGGUGUACUGGACAGCAAGCGAGGAUUCCUCUGUGGUCUCGGAGCUGGAGUUGCAGAAGCUGUGUUUGUCGUCUGUCCCAUGGAAACAGUUAAGGUGAAAUUCAUCCAUGACCAGACAUCAGCAAACCCAAAGUACAAGGGAUUUUUCCAUGGGGUGAGAGAGAUUAUCAGAACCCAAGGUCUGAAGGGGACUUAUCAAGGCCUUACAGCCACUGUACUGAAGCAAGGCUCCAACCAGGCCAUCCGCUUCUACGUCAUGACUUCCCUGAGGAACUGGUACAAAGGUGAUGACCCCAACAAAGCCAUUAACCCUUUGAUAACUGGAUUGUUUGGAGCUUUUGCCGGUGCUGCCAGUGUGUUUGGAAACACUCCUCUGGACGUCAUUAAAACCAGGAUGCAGGGUCUUGAAGCUCACAAGUACAAAAGCACACUGGACUGUGCCGUCAAGAUCAUGAAGUACGAGGGACCAAUGGCGUUCUACAAAGGUACCGUUCCUCGGCUCGGUAGGGUGUGUUUGGACGUGGCCAUCGUCUUCAUUAUCUACGAGGAAGUGGUGAAGUUCCUGAACGUAGUUUGGAAGACGGACUGACGUGUGUAUCCUGGUGUCAGGGCAGUUCCAUCCACAUCACAAAUCCAGGUCAAGUCCCAAAAAAUCAUCUCCUGCAGCACUGCUCCUACGUUCUCACGUCUACCUCCACAUGAAUUUCAGAAAGAACGAAAGGGAUCGAUAUUGUCUUGAUUUUAUUUAUAACAGUUCCAGACAGCAGAGACUGCUCACACUUUGCUGUGUUUUUGUCUUAAAUUCCAGAAAGGGGGGACGUUCAGUUCUUAAGAGCUCAGGGAAAGGGAUGGGGCCUUUAUUUACAUCUGCUUGACGAGAAAAAAUGAAGUGUGUCUCCCCUACAGCUCUUGGAAUUCUACUGUAUUAGAUUUGAUUAAAAAAACGAUUGGGUUGGGUGCUUGUGAUAGAGAAAUGAUAAAAAUGACAGAUUUGACCAGAUUUUGAAUGUUUUAGCGCCCACAAAUAUGUAGAUGAUGUUUUCCUGUUUUAGAAGACCAUUUAAAACCAUCCUGUAUGUUCAGCUAGAAGCUGAUGGAAUAACAACUCUUUUACAAGUGCAGCAACAGUUUUAAAAAAAAAAGUACAUUAACAACAACUAAAUGCCUUAAAUCAUGAAUGUCCCAUUUAAAACAUUGUAGCAUCCACAAAUAACCAGGUUUUUGUUCACUUAUAUGUUAAGCUUAUUUAGAAAUGCACAUUUCUAAACAUUAGUUGAGGUCUUGUGAAGAACUUUGAAGUUGCAGAAGUGUUUUAAUCGACCAAUGGUAUAAAUAGUGCCUAUGUAUUAUAUGAUUCAUUUUGAGAUCUUUUGAGACCAAGAAUGAUGAAAUGUACUUAGUCAAUAGAUAUUUUUUGAUUUUAAUCAACACACUCAGUUGCACAAACUGCACUGAUGCCAAAUGUUGGAACUGUUCUUAUUUUCUGAAUUCACUGUAACUUUUACUGUGGAUAUUUGCUUCUAAUUUUAAAUUGCCUUUAAUGCAUAGAAAUGAAUGUUUGAUAGUGCCUUCCAUGUGGAGUAAGAUAACGUUUAUUGAAGAUUUUAUGCAUUGCCUUUACUUAACUGAGAGGCCAAUGUGUCAACUGCUGCUCAGAAACGUAACGCCGUGUUAAAGACUGGAGUUUGUGGCUUUUGUGAACCUGGCAUGUUUACAUGCAGCUUUUCUCUUACAUCGACAUGUAGGAUGUACAAUGUUUACCUUGAGUUGCCUUUUUACAACUUCACGUCAAACUGGCCUUGUAGACAUGUGGAGAUGAAAAAUGUCACAUCAAUAAACCCAGUAUUGUGCCUUCAGUCUUACUGAAUCAUAUGUACGAUAAGAAAUAAACAUCAAAUCAGA